AUGACGCCACGAUGCACUGCCACAUGGCUGAGUCAUACGGCUCACAUAAUAGUCCGACGCCGAGCCCAACCAUAUGCGCCUUCGGUUGCUAUAGUGGGUCAAGGGCUUUGGCACGAAAACCCUGACGUUCUCACAAAAAAGUUGUCCCAAACAAGCGUCAAUCUACAGCUCACGCCCGCGACCACCGCCCAAUCCACCAAUUUCCCUACAGUACGGCGAUACUCCCGAUCCAACGCGCAUUUUCCCAUCCAGCUUACCAUCCUUCAGGUCGCAACAAUGGACGCCUCCAAGCAGCCCGUCAAGCUCGUCAAGGUCACCCGAGUCCUCGGCCGAACCGGUUCCCGUGGUGGUGUCACCCAGGUCCGCGUUGAAUUCAUGGACGACCAGACCCGAUCCAUCAUCCGAAACGUCAAGGGCCCAGUCCGUGAGGACGACAUCCUUUGCCUCCUCGAGUCCGAGCGCGGGGCGGCCAGAGGAAAUCUUCACUUCUUCAACCUUCCAACAUCUCACAAGAUUCUUCAAAGCUUCAACACCUCUAUUGGUCUAUCACUCGUAAUGUCAGUACCCAAGCCUCCGGCCGGACAUUUCAACGUCCUUUUCUUUGCCAGUGCGAGUUCCUUCACUGGCAAAGACCAUGAAGCUCUGCCAGCCACUAUGACGCUCAGCAAGCUCUUCGCCGAGCUCGAGAACAGAUAUCCUGGCAUCAAGGCAAAAAUCCUUGAUUCGUGCCUUGUUACUGUCAACCUCGAUUAUGUAGACUUGCCCAAUGAGGAGGGGGCAGAAGACACGAUGAUCCGCGAAGCAGACGAAGUGGCAAUCAUCCCUCCCGUCAGCUCUGGUUAA